UUCCUGUCAUAUUUUCGCAUUUUUUUGUGUGCCCUUUGAUGCAGUUGCACCCAGGAUAGAUUUCAAUGAGUCAUUUUCUUUUUUUAAAGGAGUGACUGGCUAAAUCUGAAUGAUCAUGAAUCGACUAUUCGGGGGUAAAAACAAAGGAUCAUCAGCUACCAAUCUUCAAGCUCAAAAGUCGAAGCAAGUGGAAAGUCUUAAGAAAAUUGGGGCUGUAGAAAUACUAAGAGACCAGGAAUACAGAGUCAACGUUAAACAAGGUUCAACAAAUCUCUCUAUUUUGAUUAACUUGCCAUCACAUUUUCCUAGUGACAAACCUGUACUCACUGUACAGCCUGCUGUCACACAUCCAUGGGUAGACACACAGAUGAAAGUUGUGGGGUGUAACAGUAUUAACAAUUUUUCCAUGCAUUCAGAUCUCGGGCUUGCUGUACAGAAUGUGCUAGAGGAAUUCAAAAAGACACCACCAGUUAUUCUACCCCAGCAUUACAACUUAGGGUCCAGCAUCCCUACUGUUGGCUCUUCAGUCGCAUCACCAAAUUAUACACAAUGUCCUUACCCUGGUAGUCAGCCUUCAGUAAUUCCUCCACCCCUCCCCCCUCGAAGGAAUCAAGGGACUGUGGGUGACCUGGGAUUGGAUCAGUUGACACUUGGGCACUCACAAAUAACAAACAUAUUGUCAGAGUUCCCAGCUCUGAAGGAUAUGAAACUAUUUGAACUUGAGGAACUGAUGAGUGAUGAAGAAAAAAUAACAGAGAUGGUCCAAAAGUCACAAGAAUUGAUAAAGUUUACUCAACAACGAGAAGAGCUUUCCUCAGCUUGUGUUCAUUUAGCAAAAAGUAACUUAUCCAAAAAGCCUGCUAUUGACAGUCUUAAACAAAGUAUAAAAGAAAAGAAUAUUGAACUGGAAAAUUUAAAAGUAGAAUUUGAGAAGCACUGUGAGCACCACAUGACAUUGUCUGACCAAUACCAUCCAUUACAUAUACAAUCAAAUCUUAAAGUAGCUGUUAUGGAAGCGGAUGAAGAAUCAGAAAUUAUAGCAGAGCAAUUUUUGGAAAAAGAAAUGGAUGUUGAUGAGUUUUUGAAAAAGUUCAUGGAAAAAAGAACAUUGUGCCAUUUACGUCGAGCUAAAGAAGAGAAACUGAACCAUAUUAUAUUAUCUCAAGGCCUUCGAUUCUAAAUACUGAUUUGUUAUCACGCUUAUAUCUUGUAUUUACUUAACUCAUUCCUUGUCAAGUAUUACUUAUUGUAAUUUGCAUUCUUAGUGAGGCACUGGAAAAGCAAACAAAGAUUGGCAUUUUUUAAAAUGAAAAUUCCUGUGUUGUGUUUAUAUAUUUUAUUAUAAAAUUUUUGUUUCAUUAAUCUACUUAUUAAAAAAAAACUGAGGGUUAAGUAGUGUUUACAAUAACUACACUUGUAAUGUUCUAGUCAAUCACUUUAAUUGAACUGUAUGAUUGAAUUUGUAGUUCUAUCAGUUUGAUGAGGUUUGUUACCUCUCUUUCCACUAGUAAACUACCAUAAAAGGUUAAAGGAUUUUAAAAUUAAAACAGAUUUACAUAGAGAAAACAAGUAAAUUAAUAUAGAGCCGCUAUUUCCAACCUUUAAGUUGCAACAUUGUUUUAUUAAUGAAUAUUUUGUUACCAGUGUUUAGAUAUUUUAAAACAAAAUGCUUAUAGGGAGUUAUAUUUUUAAAAUUAUUUGAAUCAAAAUUAAGAUUGUAUUAUUUGUAUAUGGGUACUAAAAAAUGUCCUCGACUUAAAAGAAUCAGCUUAAAACCCGGAUAAAAAAAAUAAUAGUUCUUUUUAAAAAAUUAAAUUAUUGUUGGGAUUAAAUAAUAAAUAUGCUGCUGAUAAAUAUUCACUGUUAUUGAUUUUAAUUUUUAGCUAUUAAAUUGUUUUACAAAAACCAUUUGAACAUGUAAAAUCAUUUCCAUAAAGAAAGUAAAUUUACACAUGUAUUAAAAAUGUGUUUUAGUUUCAUAGAAAUUUAUUUCUCGUAACCUUUCUAAGAAGGUUCAUUUGGUAUUGUAAAACACGGAAUAUCUUGGGAUAGUGUGCUCACGAAAAGUGAAGGUUGAAAACUAAAUCUAAGCAAUUCCCUUAAAAAAAGCUUUGCAAAAUUCUAAUCCACAUUAAUAGAUUCAACAACAAUAUUGUCAGAUACAUGAAUAAAGGUUGUGCACUUCUCUUUGUUGUUAGGUUUUAUGUAUAUGUGCAAUUUAUAAGACGUUUUUCAUGACACAAUUUAUGUGAAUAAUUUUGUUUUUGCAAUAUUUAAGAGAUUUGCAAACAUUUCUUUUGUCAACAGAAAUUUUUAAUGAAAUAAUUUUAAAAAAAAUGAAAUUCUGAUCUUAUUUCUGUUUUAUUGACUUAAAAACAAUCCACCAUGAAAACCUUGUCUGUAAAUACCUGCUUGUAUGAGAAAAUUAUGUCAGUAUUAUUUUAAAAGUACAGAUUUUUUAGAAAAAUUUGUUAUGCAAAUUCAUAAAGCAUCAAGAUGUUACCCUGUUGUGUGUAUUAAAAUUUCAAAAUCCCAAUUUAUAUUAUUCACCAAACCCAAAUUUCUAAAUUAAAGUCUAGCCUUUUAUGUCGUGUACAUGUUUUAGUAAUAAAUUGUAAUUUUCUGUAUUUGAGCUGUAAUUAAUUCCUAAUAUUUUCCCUAUGUUGUAGAUGGGGUUAUAAUUAUAACCUUGCAUUUUAAAAUCUACUAGAUAGACAUAUGCACAUAACCAAAUCAAUGAUUCCUAAAAAUAAAAAAAAACAUCAUGUCUUACAUUAUUGAGCUUCAUUGUAUUAAUUUUAAGGGGAAAAAUUCUUGAGCAUUGUAUAUGUUUGUGUAUUGGAAGUUAAUGAUCUGUUAGCUUUUUAAAAUGUAACAAUGCUUAUUCAUGUGAAAUCCAAUUGGUUCAUUAUUUUUGUUUUCUAAGGUUUUAAAUGCAUAAUUUUGUAUAUUAAAAACAAUAAACGAAAAAAAUG